GGGCGCUUGCACGAGGCCCCCUCCCCGCACCACAGCCCCAGUGCUACUCCGUCACCGUCAGCCCGACGCCCCGCCAGACCACCCUCUUCUGCCUCUCCAUAAUAAAAUCUCCCUCCCUCCUCUCUUCUCUCUCUCUCCUUCUCUGCGCUCGUGUAAUUCUCUUCAGCUGGGAUGCAAGACCAGGUUUUGGCCACUGGAAUCUCUCUCUGCGUCUCCGACGAAGCAUAUUUUUUUGCAUGAUCUGUACAAGCAUCCCCAUGUAAGACGAUUUCAUAGUUUUCGGGGAUGCCAACAAGUUUUGGCUCAAGUGAACCGAUUCUCAUGGCCCUGGUGUUAUUUUGCGCGGCUAUUGGAGUCAGCUGUAUCGUCGAGUCAACUGAAUCGCUCUUCCUAUUGUCUUAGAAAAUUUGCUCAAAGUACUGCAGUCUGAAGAAUUCAGUGGCACCACCUCUGCUUCUUAUUGAUGAUAAACUGUCAGUGAACAUAAGUCACCAUCUCCUGGAUCACAGUUUUUGUACUGGAGCAAGACAGUAAUGGACCGGGCAGACACAUCUGGCUUUGUUAGCGGUGGAUCAGAUGGUACUUCACUGCUGCUGAUAUUCUUUCACUUCGUCUACUCGACUCUGCACGUAUAAGAGAUCAGUAAACCACCUUCACUGUAUUUUUCAAGUACGUAGCCUAGAUGAAUACCAUGGAUGAUUCUGCAGUGUCAAUUGGUUUCUCGGUGACGAACUACACAACAGGUAGCCAUGGUCAGAGUCAGGUAACAUUAGGCAUAGACCAGCUGGGUUCAGCAGUGAACAAUAGCAGCGGCCAUGGCCGCAGAGGUUUUCAGAGGUCGAUUCAUGCGCCUGCUCAAGAUGAUGGAUGCAGGCUAGUCCUCGGACUGGGUCCGACGCCCGCCCCAGACGUUAACUCUUGUGAUUGUGAUCAGCAGCCUGCCGGAGCAGACAAGUCGAGACCACCUGUAACUUUGUUUGGCCAGAGCUUCUCCUUCGCUGAUCCAGGGGCGCUCAGCCUUGGAAUUCAUCGGGGGCGUGAUAAUGCUGGAGCAACUAAACACUUGGGCGUGCCCGUGCCUGCCGGAACCGUCAUCUCCUUUUCCACUGUUGACGAGGGCUCCACGUCUGCCAGGAGAAGCUCCGGCGGCUACAUGCCAUUGCUGCUCUUGGCGCCUCUGCCAAACUAUUCGACAGCUGAAGAGGAGCAGGGUUUGCUAGAUGACACGGACAACAGUAAUAAUGGUGGCACUGAUCCCCGCGGUUUUCGGUUCAGCCCUGAACCUUCGGCAUCCAUGACGGAAGCUUCCUUUGGUGGCGCGAGCUCUGAUGUUGUGACGGUGGCAAGCAAUCCUGGACAGCAGACUCAACGCCGGCAUCCCAAGAAGUGCAGGUUCAAAGGGUGCUCCAAGGGCGCGCGAGGCGCGUCGGGCCUGUGCAUCGCUCACGGUGGCGGGCAGAGGUGCCAGAAGCCCGGGUGCUACAAGGGCGCCGAGAGCCGCACGGCCUACUGCAAGGCCCACGGCGGGGGACGCCGGUGCCUGCAGCUCGGCUGCACCAAGAGCGCCGAAGGGAAGACGGAUCACUGCAUCGCCCAUGGCGGCGGCCGACGGUGCGGCUACCUUGACUGCCCUAAAGCCGCGCGGGGCAAGUCCGGGCGGUGCAUCAAGCACGGCGGCGGGAAGAGGUGCUCGGUCGAGGGUUGCAUCAGGAGCGCCGAGGGGAGGGUGGGGCUGUGCAUCUCCCACGGCGGCGGGCGGCGGUGCCAGUUCCCGGACUGCCGCAAAGGAGCCCAGGGCAGCACCCUGUACUGCAAGUCGCACGGCGGCGGGAAGCGGUGCGUCUUCGAGGGGUGCGGCAAGGGGGCCGAAGGCAGCACGCCGCUGUGCAAGGCGCACGGCGGCGGGAAGCGGUGCAUGUACGAGGGCGGCGGCGUGUGCCCCAAGAGCGUCCACGGCGGCACGGACUUCUGCGUGGCGCACGGCGGCGGGAAGCGGUGCGCGGUGCCUGAGUGCAGCAAGAGCGCGCGCGGGCGCACGGACUGUUGCGUGAAGCACGGCGGUGGCAAGCGGUGCAGGGUGGAUGGGUGCGGCAAGAGCGCACAGGGGAGCACCGAGUACUGCAAGGCCCACGGCGGCGGGAAGCGCUGCAACUUCGGAGGCGUCUGCGAGAAGUUCGCGCGCGGCCGGAGCGGGCUCUGCGCGGCGCACGGCACGCUGGUGGCCUCGCGGCAGCGCCGCAGCGGCGGCGGUGGCAUGAUUGGGCCAGGCCUCUUCCGCGGCAUCGUUCGGUCCGCCAGCGCGGCGAACAUGUAUAGCGAGUACUCGUCGUCGGGCGUGAGCACGGUGUCGGACUGCGACGGCUCGCCUGAGGCGGCGACAGGGAGGCAUGAGUUGAUCCCUCCCCAGGUGCUGGUCCCCCACUCUAUGAAAUCUUUGACAGCGGCAGCCGUGCAGCCACCGGCGAGGAGCAGAGAGGGAGGGGUGGUCGCUGUCCCCGAGGGGAGGGUGCACGGCGGUGGUCUGCUGUCGUUGCUUGGCGGGAGCUUCAGGAACGUCGACGUCGACAAGCUCUGAAAAUCUGAAGCAGGCUGCAGCAGGCAGCGCUUGAGGCUCGAAUUCUACUUCUACGCCUACGCCUCUUUUUCUUAAAAAAGGACGGAAGAUCUUCCUUUUUUCCAGUCAUAGCUGUCAGAUUAUUGUCUGUGUAUAAAAAUGUUUCUUGUCUGCAGAUCGAUCUUAUAUGGUAAAAUUUAGAUUAAUUUCGUUUCCCUUGUGUCAACAUAAUAAGGGUGAAGACAUGAAUUUGUCGGGGCUUGUAUAUGGUUGAAUUAUUCGUAGCAGAUCCGAAAAGCUUCCCACGGCAUCCUGUACUUGUCGUGAAUAAGAUCAAUGUGUAACAAUCGAACUUAUUGCUAAACUGUGGUAUCAGAUGAUCAUUCUGAGUAACACGUGUUGCUGUA